CCUCAGCCAUGGACACGAGCCGCGUGCAGCCCAUCAAGCUGGCCCGCGUGACCAAAGUGCUGGGCCGGACCGGCUCGCAGGGGCAGUGCACGCAGGUGCGCGUGGAGUUCAUGGACGACACCAGCCGCUCCAUCAUCCGCAACGUGAAGGGCCCCGUCCGCGAGGGGGACGUCCUGACGCUGCUCGAGUCGGAGCGGGAGGCCCGCCGGCUGCGCUGAGGGGGGGCCAACAGAAGGAGCCGCCAUCCGCCCCCCCUGGCCAGAGAGCGAGCGACGAGCCACCAGAUGUGUGUGGAAAUAAAGGACGUUUCUGGUUUUUUUUGAC